UGGCGGAUUCAGACCUGCUCUAGGUCUUUCCAUCCCAAAUGCUGCCCUCAUAGCACUGGCUUUCAGGUCCACGCGACUAGUGCGACCUGUUCUUACAACCGCCUCCAUAUCGAUCAGCCAUAGCUCUUUGCAAUGGACUCGUCAGGAGACGAUGAGAGAGAGGAGGAGUUGGAUACACUGACUGCCAUCUAUCCAGAACUUGUCCUUGAGCAAGACUUCUCAGCGACUCUUGCAAUACCAGUAGCACCGGCUACACCUCUACUCGUUCGAUUCGUACCUGCGAAGGAUGCCGGCACUCCGAACUAUGCUCAAGCUGUGGGCAAUUCGUACGUGGAACGCGAUGUCCGACUCUCCCAUUUGCCGCCACUGGACCUUCAUAUCUGCCUGCCGAAAGGCUAUCCAUCGAAUGCGCCACCGAGUAUCACCUUGACUGCUCAGCAGGACUGGCUGCCCAAGCAGAAAUUGAAGGAGCUCGAAACUCAGGCUGCAGAGCUGUGGGAUGAGUACGGGCAAUGUCAGAUAUUGUUCUCGUAUAUCGAUCACCUGCAGCAGGCAGCUGAACGGGGCUUCGAUUUGAGUGAGAGCCCCGAAGGAUGUCUCGUACUGUCCGACGCAUUCGAGGCUGCGCUGGUGACAUAUGACAACUCCACAAAGCUGGUCAAAUUCAACGAAGGUACCUACGAUUGUGGGGUGUGCCUCGAACCGAAGAAGGGAUCAGCAUGUUACCAGAUGGCACGCUGCGGACAUGUUUUCUGCAAGCAGUGCCUACAGGACUUUUACAACAACGCGAUCAAAGAGGGCGAUGUGGCUGUGAUGCGCUGUCUCGAUCCCAGUUGCGGGAAGGAGAAGAAGCAGAAAAAGAAGAGCGAGCGCACGCUGCACCCUCGCGAGCUACUGGCAAUGGGUAUCGAAGAGGACAAGGUCCGGCGCUAUGUGGAAAUGAAGCGCAAGAAGAAGCUGGAAGCGGAUAAGAACACUGUAUAUUGCCCACGGACAUGGUGUCAAGGUCCCGCGAAGAGUAGCAAAUACCCACCCAUACCGGCCGACUUGUCUGCAUAUGUGGAUACGAUGUCAGAUGCUGAAAGUGAUGGCGAUGAGGCUGGCAAAGACGACACUGCGGCGGAUCCUCCGAAGAAGGUCAAUACGACUAACAGUCAACCUGACCCUACGGAUAGGCUCUCAGUAUGCGAGAAGUGCCAGUUCGCGUUCUGCAAAGUGUGCUAUAUGGGCUGGCACGGUCCAUUCGCGCGCUGCUAUCCCCGCGAUCCCAACGAGCUUUCAGCAGAAGAGAAGGCGAGCUACGACUAUAUUCGACUGCACACAACGCCAUGCCCUUACUGCACUGCGCCGGUGCAGAAGACAAUGGGCUGCAACCACAUGUCCUGCUUUCAAUGCAGAACGCAUUUUUGCUACCUCUGCAGUUCUUGGCUAGACGGUGAAAAUCCAUAUCAGCACUUCAACAAAGCAGGCUCCCCCUGCUAUCAACGCCUUUGGGAGCUCGAAGAAGGCGAUGAAGGACAAGGACCAGAAGACGGACGUGGUUUCAACGGAGCUCGGCACUGGGAACAGGCAGCGAUCGAAGCCGCACGCGCAGCAGACGAGGAAGAAGCGGCCGCUGCAGCAGCUCAAGCUCAGGCGGAAGAGGAUGCUCGCGGAGCGCUGCCUCCGGUACCGGCAAAUCUUCCCGGUCAUGUUGAUCAGGUACCCAUCAUUGUCCAAAUGGCGCAACUCGGUAUCAAUAUUGAAGACGAUGAUGACGAUUUCGACCCUGCUCAGUUCGCUGCGGCCCCUCCUCCUGCUCCUGCUCCCCCGCAACGUGGUGGGAGACGACAGCGAAAUCAUUUUCCCCGCGCGCCUGCAAACGGAGCUGCUCAAGCUGUUCGUAACCACGAGCGACAGCGUGGUGGCGGGGCUGGUCGGAAUCGUCAGCGGCAGCGAGGUAAUCCUCCUGCUGUGAAUGUGGGAGACCAGCACCACGAAUUGGACGAUCGGCAACAGGAGGAACUGCAGAGAUUCUUGGAGUUAGCGAGGCAGGAUAUGGAGGAUGGUUGGGAUAGUGAUGAGCUGGGCGAGGACGAUCAUGACUUUGUGAUCCGGGCGAGACGGUAAUUGAUUGACUAAGUAUCCUGCGGCAGGGUCAAUAUGAGUAGAAGCAGCUCAAUAAUGAGCUGAUGAUUUGGCUAGGCACAGCUCCGCGAGAACGAAUCAACGAACUUUUACCACUUCAUGCGGCAUCCGUUUCUUCCUAUUCAUCAGCCAUUGACCUGGAUGCAAUUCCAUGACUGAACACUAUAUGACUGAUCAAGCCCUAGGGCCCGGAC